UGUGCCCUGCGCGUGACCCGCGGGGCUCGCAGCCGCAUUUUGGGGGCCGGGGGCUCGGUGCUGACCCUGGACCAGUUGGCGAUGGCCUCCCCCAAGGGCAAGGGCACCGUGCUGCUGUCAG